UCGCUGAUCGCUGGCUUUACAUCAUCCCCAACUACGGCACGGGUCCCCCGAUCCUCGCUCGAUGUACAAGCACACGGUCAAGUCGAAGUUGGCUCAUGCCCGGAGUCAACCGCCGCCAGCUGCUGCCGACACAACGCUGCCCACAUCCUCGAAACAUGGCCUGGGUGCUGGGAAGAAGUUCUUCUCCCACAUACGCCACAAAAUCGAGGAUAAUCUGAGCCCCAAGCUGGGCGGCAAGCUGUACUACAAAGGCAGCAAGCAUACGAGAUCGAUGAGUGCCCUCAGCCUGCAGGUGGAUGGCGGCUGCAUCGGCGGCAAGUAUACGCCGAAAGCGGUGGCUCCUCCUGCGGCCACGCCCCUGAAGAUGGAGCAGGUGUCGCCACAGAUGAGCAGCAGCGUCUGCAGCUACGUGGACAGCGAUGAGGAGAGUCACCUGAGCCUGAGCCUCAGUCUCACGCAGCAGUCGCUGGAGGAUGAGAUCUUUGCCGAGCUGGAGAAGGUGGCCCACGACGAGAGUAAGCUGAACGAGGUGCUGCAGAGCUUUGACCAGAUCCUUAGUGAAUAUCCACCAGUGGAGGAGAUCAGAGAGACGCCGCCCACGGAGGAGGUGCUGGCUGCCCCGCCAGCAGCGUUCUGCGACCGACAGAUGCUGCUCUCGAAAUCCCACAGCAGCCUCAGCAUGGGCAGGGCCAAGCGGCAGAUCUACCAGUCGCCAGAGCUGGCCACUUCCAUGCUCUUGAGGCGAUCCGAUUCCACAUCCAACGGCAACUCCAGAUACAAUUCGCUGAGUGAGCUGAAUGGCAGCAGGAUUCCCGUUUCGAAGCACUCGAGUUUGAGGAAGAGAAGCGAAAGCUUCUGCCUGGAUCAGCCGCUGAAUCACAGGAGCAGCAAGCAGCGCACGCGAUCGAUGCUCACCCUGAAUAGUGGCAUUACGGGGCGAUCCUCAGCUCUAAACACAGGCAGAAACACAGCUGCAGUGGCAGUGGCAGUUCCAGUGAAAGCCAAAGCCAAAGCGUGCUCCGGUGCAGCGCCACUCCCACCAAAGCGAGCCAACUCCACGCUGGAGAAGCGACAGAUGCACAGCAGCAGGCCAGGAGGUCCCAGGAGGGCCAACUCCACGCUGAGAGCCACGACCGCGCACAGCGAUGAGCUGCUGGUCAAGUGCUUGGCCAAGGGCCAUGAGAUCCUCCGCCAAGUGGAGAACAUCAGUGCCAAGCCGAAGCGAAGCAGCAGCCGUGGGGUCACCAAGGAGCACUCGCAGCUGGCGAGGAACAAGAAGAGGCACCAGCAGAAGCUGCAGUACGCCAACGAGGAGAAGGUGGGCAAGCCCAAGCUGGAAUCCUGCAAGAUUAUACCCCCAAAGCUGGGGGAGACAUCCGAUAGGAAUCAGGAGCUGCUGGUCAAAGUUGUGCAGGCGGUGAACGCCAAAGCCAAGGCAAGGGGAAAGGAUUCUCCGCCGCUGAAGAAACCCCUCAAGCAGGAGAAGGAGCAGCAGCAGCAGCAGCAGCAGCUGGAACCCUCCUCCGAUUCGGAUGAUUCGGGCCACAUCAGCAACACGGUGCUCUCGACCUCCACUUCCACCUGUAAUUCCACGGGCAGCCUCUGCGAAUCGGAGGGCGAUGAAGCCGAAGAACCAUCGGCGGUUAAAAAGUCCAACAAAAUCGCCGAACUGCUGCAAAAGUUCGAGGCUGUGGCAGCGGCGGCAGCAGCUGUAAAAUCGAAUCCGCCUUCUAUCCCUGCUCCGGCCAUGAUUGCCACCAAGGUGGUGGCACAGGUGCAGGCGGUGCGGUGCAUCCAAACGCAGGUGGAGAUCUAUCCCAACUACACGAAAGAGGUAACUAUGCGGCUGCACUGACUUGGGCAGUCAGCCCGGCAGAUCCCAGCAGAUCCCGGCAGCUCCCAGCAGAUCCCAGCAGUACCUCCAAGCCUCCACCAGAUCCCAACUUAACUCUCAGAUGCAUCUACUUAUUAUCUAUUAUGCUUUGGCUUAUCUAACUUUAUCUUUUAUCCCUAACGUGUG